ACUAUACGGUCACAGACAUUAGCCCUAGCUCGAGUACGAUUCACCUCUUGUAACAUAAACAUGGUUGGGCCUACUUUUGCUCAACCAGUCUGAGCAUUGCCACCGACAUCCCACCGUCAUGACCGUUCCUGAAUUAGAGUCUGUGGACUGAAUUUCAUGACACUGAAAUCGUUCACAAUGGCUGAACCGUACUUCCAGAACUGGGAGUAGGCCUAACUGCAGAAUACCCUGCCACUCUAAAAAUGACCCCUGCCUGGAAUGACUGGUUAUGUAGGUGCAAGGUGAAAAUCCCUUGAGAAGAGUGUGACACUGACCUAGGUUGUAUCUGGCUGUGAGGUUGAUCGCUUGGGGUGGCGGGGUAUUCUGCAAUUGAGCUCAGAAGGGCCCAGGAUUUUACAAACUGAAAAAGGCAUAGCUGAAAUUUGCUAUGAAACCACAUAACCCAGCAGACGAUUACUGAAGAUGUGGGGCCCAUUAGCUACAUCCCGCCUACGACACAGUAUCUUGGCUUCAGCAGACCGAGCCCCUGACUCAUGUCCUUCCCUUUCAGCUAAGCUACCCUACUUGAUCUUUAGCUGGGGAGUUGGACUAGUAACCUUCCCAUCAUGCCUUGGAUUGAUUCAGGUGUUGGUGUUUCGUCCACUGCGGCUGACCUGUGCAGUGUGGGGUUCCAGUCUUCUCGGCCUGUGUUCCGUAGGUACAUCUGGUCUGGCAGCCUCUGCAGUUACGACGGCCUGUGCAACCUAUUUUUCCAAAAUGAACACAGAUUCAUUCAGAGGCACUGUUUGUACCCAUAAAUAUUCUGGAUUUCGAGAGACUGCUUUGAUGUAUGGAGUCUGCUCGUGCAUUGUCUUUCUGUGUCUUGGUGGACGGUUCAGAUCUGUGCUUCCCAGUAGCUUGGUUCAUCCAGGUGCCUUUGCCAGACAUGGCCUCGCUGCAACGUUUAGUUAUGCCACAACCAGAAAGAAAAAAUCACUGCGAGCGACAGGCAAACGACAUGGAUGUCAUACCUGUGGUAGGAGAUGGUUUAUCCAAGACUUCAUUGCAGAUCAUCAACCUCCGCUAGCGGUAAUCAGAGAGAGAAUGAUGCGUAAGCCCAAAUGGUAUGAGCUGUUUCACAAACAGUACCCGAAGCAAACCUUCUACCCACAAUGCACUAGGUGCUCAGACAUCCAGGGAGCACAUCUGAGGACAGCUAUCAGAGCUGAGCGUAUCCUGCCCAAAUGGAGGCACAUUGUGACCCACCCAAUGGCGCUGAGAUUGUACCAUGUCUAUCUACCUCUACCAUUCCUGAUACCAGCCAUCCAAAGCCUCCUUGUAAUGUGGUCCUUUUUUCCAAACUACUGAAGUAUGCCACUUGCAACUGUGGGCUUCAGCAUUCAUAAAAGGAGGAGGGGGAGGUAUGUGCAGUAUUUUCAAAAAAUGGAAGAGAUCAAACAUGGAGUUACUUUCUGUCCUUGCAGUUAUAAAAAAGGAUUCAGCAUUUUAUAAAAGGGGGUACUAGCAUUUAUAAAAGGAAGGGUCCUAACUAGAACUGAACCUCGACAUGCGAGCUGGGCAUGUUUUAGUAAUAAUCUUUGUCUUCAGAGUACAUAACCACUUGCUGCCGGGGAAACCAUUUUUGAGCACAAAGGCUUUAUACAUGAAGCCGAGAGCCCGAAACAGGGACAAAAGAGCGGGCCUUGUAACAAAAGACUGUGCUCAAGACAAAAGACUAAGCUGCUGGGCAU